AAAGGCCAUUAUUAUUUUUUUCCUUUUCUGGUUUUGUUGAUGGAGGUGGGUGGUAUUGAUUGAUUAUUGAAAGGUGGUAUUAGUGAUAUAGUUCUUUUUUUUUUCUUUUUUAAUUUUUGGCUAGGUUACUAGUUAACUUGCUUGUUUAGGAUUUGUAUAUCAGUAAACAAUGUAGAGUAGUAACACGAAAAAAAGGGUCCAACUCGAGUGGAAUUGAUAUUGAGGAUUCAUAUAGCUGAUCUCGACUAGUUUGGAAUUGAGAUUUGUAGUUCUUGUUGACGCACUAGUUACUUUUCUUAACAUGAGUUCAUCAUUUUGUGUCUAAAAUAAACACGCCCUUGAGUUAUGAAGAUCUUAAAUUUUAAAGAAAAUAAGUGUUCAUGGUAUCAAAGUUUGUCCGUAGAAGUUAAUUUAUGUUAAAUUGAUUGGGACCAAUGGAGUAAAGCGUGUGAAAUUCUUUAAUUAAUAAGCAUGUGAUUUUUAUAAUUUUUCAUCAGUUUCAGUCAUACUCCAAUUUCACUGAUAUAAGCUUUGUCUUUUCUGGCCACAGAUAUACGGUGUUCAAGGUUGAGAACUGUCAUUUUAGAAUUCGUUUUUUGACUAUGGGUUGAAACCGUUUUGUUAAUCUUAAAGUUUUUAAUUCAAUUUAUGGAAAAAAAUGGACAUGCGCCGUACAUUAUGUAUUCAAAGAUCUAGUGAAGCACAACACAGCAACAUGGGUGUCUCUGGAGCUAUGUCAACAUCUUUAUCCAUUUUGCCGUCAUUGGAAGAGAAGUAUCUGAAAUUGCCAGAUUCUCUGUAUGUGUUCACAGAAAAGGAGCGAACCGCAAACCUCAUUUCCUCACAGGCAAUCCCAUCAGCAUCUAGGAGUGGAACAGUAGGGCAUCUAUUAUCUUCCUCUUCUGGACCACAGAAAGAUUUUCACUUUUCUCCUACCUCUUCUCAAGAAAAUAGGCAACAUAACUAUGCAUUUAUUUCAAGUGAAGCUUCUGCAGCGACCUGCCAAUCUUCACUCUUAUGUAUGCAUUCGACAUCAUUGGAUAAUUACCCUAUUGGGAACAGCAGUAAUUCCUGGGGCAAAGAUGCAUAUCAUGACUUCACCAAUUUUCCUACGAAUGUUCCUGUUCAGAAUGGCCGAGUGGAAAACCUUCCAGUUGUCAUGGCAUCUGAUGACCAUGCUAAGAGAUCUGAUUGGCAGGAGUGGGCUGAUCAGCUAAUUAAUGAUGAUGAUGUUUUGCAUUCGAGCUGGAGCAAUAUUCUUGUUGAUGUCAAUCCUCCAGAUUCAGAACCUAAGCUGCUUGGAGCAUCUGAAGUCCUUGCUUGUCGGCCCCAACCUACUCCUAUUGCACCUUGCGAGCAAAGUUUCCCAGUUGGUAGCCCGUCAUCUUCCACAGCGUUGACGAAAUCUCGUAUGCGUUGGACACCUGAGCUUCAUGAAGUCUUUGUAGAAGCUGUCAGUAAGCUUGGCGGUAGCGAAAAAGCUACACCAAAGGGUGUCUUGAAGCUCAUGAAUGUUGAAGGCCUAACCAUCUAUCAUGUCAAAAGCCACUUGCAGAAAUAUAGAACUGCCAGAUACAAACCAGAACCAUCGGAAGGAACACCGGAAAAGAAGCCCACCAGUGUGACAGAGAUGCCAUCUUUGGACCUGAAAGCGACUAUGGGGAUAACAGAGGCACUAAGAAUGCAGAUGGAAGUCCAAAAGCAGCUUCAUGAACAACUUGAGAUCCAAAGAAAGUUGCAGUUGCGGAUUGAAGAACAGGGUAAAUACCUCGAAAUGAUGUUUGAGAAGACAAAAGGCAUGGGGAAAGAUCUAAAGAUAUCAUCAUCACUAAAAACAGAUGAACAUCCUUCACCAUCCACCAAGACGAAGCAUUUGCCUCCCAACGAUAAAUCAGAAGCACUAGAGCAGGAUCCUCUUAGUUCGAACAAUGCUUCAAGUUCCGCAGGGGAGUUUACACAUGGCAAAAACAAGGAAGGGAACUCACUGGAAAGGGAAACUUGUGAAGAUCACGGCUCAGAUGUUAGAGACUUGUGUUCACCUCCAUCGAAACGAGCAAAAACUGAGGAAACAUCAGCUUCAUGAAACUUCAGACUCAUUUGUAAUAUGUGCUGAAAUGUGAAUUGUCUUUGCAAAUGCUGUUCAUUUGAUAAAAGCUUCUGGUUUAAAAAUA